UUUUGUCUCUUUUACUCUAUUAGUUAAUUUUCAAUGCAAGAAAGAUGUAGACAUUCAUCCAUCGUGAUAGAGCUCGAGCUCUUUCAUUCGUUAUUCGCAGUGUUUCAUUUCGUAAGCCACAGAUACUUUCUUUUGAUCGUGUGAUGUGAAAGACAUUUUUAUUUAUUGAUAAGUGUUUGAAGUGAUACUGCAGCAAAACAAUAACGGAGUGACCAUUGUGACCGUGAUCAAAACAAAGUUUGUUGAUCGUCGUCGAAGAUGAUGCGGACAGUUUAUAUUCGGUGACCUUUUUACAGAUUCCCUCGUACAGUGUUGUGUCGAAACAUCAUAAACGGUCGUGUAAAAUACAAUUAACGGUGCUUCCGAUAUUUUUUGUCCCAAUCGUAUGGCUCGUGACGUUUUACGAUGGGGCCUGAAGGGGCUCCGCCAUAAAAUUAGGCCCCAGUCAUAAAGUCAUUAGGGGUUUACGACUGAUGAGAGGUUCGUCCCGUGCGUCUGAGAAUGGUGUUGGUAUACCGGGCGGCGGCAGCGCGUGCGGGCGGCGGGAGCGAUGCGGCGCGCAGCUAGGGCGGCGUGUGAUGCGGGCGCGCCAUGUCGGGCCAGGCCGCGAGUCCGGGCCGCCUGCUGGUGUACGUGGCGGACCCCGGCAGCCGCCGCGAGCCGCCGCAGCCGCCGCCGCUGCAUCACCCCUACUCCCUCCCGCACUACUACCCACUGCGCUACAAGGACGACGCUAAACUGAGCGACCGACCCGACCUGGCCAAACAAGAGCAGCAAAACAUUGAAUAUAAUGUAGAGUCAUUUCAGGGCGGGAUCCCUGUGAAUUCUGGAGAGUCGUAUCAAGCGAGAUGCCCUCCAGUGGGAGCUGAGAGCUCGUCGUCUCCGAUGCAAGCCGUGCUACUGAGACCGGGGCAGCAUCAGUUGAGUGAAAGUGUGCGGAGUGGCAGUGAAACUAACUGCAGUGACCGGGAGCCGGUGGACAAGAGUUUUCUCAAUUAUCAGUUUUUAGAACAGAGUGUAACUCAUCAGUCUAUAGUGAACCAGAGUAUUAGUAUACUAAAUCAACAAGUAGGUGUGAAUAGAGGUGUGAGUGGUGAAGGUGAUAGUGGGAACGCUCCCCAGUUGGUGCGGACGGCAGACGGAGUGGUGCUUGCAGUGCUGCCGUCGGCACAACAUGUGAAUGAGCCCGAACUAGGCUCAAGAACUGUACAAAGUGAUUGUUUGCAGACUAUUGUAGUGCCCCUGGGUUGGAGGAGAAUCAUCACUGGGACUUCUGUGCUCUACGUUAGUCCGAGCGGCACGGCGCUGAGCACGCUGCAGCAGCUGCGCGAGUAUCUGCAGACGACGGGCACCUGCAAGUGCGGGCUGCCCUGCCCGCUGCGCCCCGAGACCGCCUUCAGCUUCGACCACAAGGUGUCGAGCAAGCCGUACCAGCCGCCAUCUAGCGGCGAGCUGACGAAGCUGUGCAACCACAAGCGGAAACUGCUGGCCACGCUGUCGGCGCGCGCGCAGUCCCCCGCCACGCCGCCGCCCCCGCCCGCGGAACAGAUUAAAGGAGCUCCUGAAGCGGCAACAAAGAAGAAGAUGAAGAAGCGCCACAACUACCCCAACAUGAGCCUGUCUCAGAUGAUGGUGCAACGCGACCGGCCCGCCGGCGAGAUGAAGGUCCAUGAGAUGGAUCCGAACCGGACGUCCGUGUCGCCCGGAGUAUCCCAGAGAGGCAAGCCCCAGCCGGGGCCGUACCCCCCCGCGCCCCCCGCCGCCCCCGCGCACCCCCCGCACCCCGCGGAGGACAAGCAGGAGCCCCCGCGAGGCCCCCACUACCUCACCGUUAACAGCGGCUGGAUACAACAAGAGACCAGAGACAGUAAUAGCUCUCUGAGCGCAGCUAUGAAUGUAGGCAUGCCGGUUAUAGGCACUAACGGACAGAUUAUAGGAGUUAAUACUGGGUACAAACAUAAUCAUAACUACAAACCUGUCAAUAAUACGACUACGGCGCCAGAGGAGACUAAGGAAGAGAAGAAGGAUGCGGGGAAAGAGAAAGAGAAAGAGGAGUCGCAAAUAUUCUGUGGGCUGAACCAGGCGCUGACGCCUGAAGUCAUGCAGAAGAUAAACGAGCAACAACAGCUGUUCAUACAGCAGAAUAAGAAUCAAAUCGAAAUGGCCAUGAAGGGUUACAGGACGCAGUUGGAGAACACAAACCAGAACAAAGUCAAUCAGAACCAGUACAUGCCUCAGGGGCAACUGGUGAUUCAAAAUGGCGCGGUGGUGAAAGCGAAUCCAGCUAAAACACCGCCGUGGCAGGUGAAGCGAAAUGACUCAAAUCCUAUGGCUAGCCCGAGCCCAAAGUCCCAAAAGUCUGAUAACAUGGACUUUGAUGAGUCAAGCAAUAAUCUAUCAGAGGAGUCUACCAGUUCUAACAGUUCCUUCCAAAACGAGCAAAUGAAUCAGUCUAUGUGCUCUCGUGUCCCUCCAUUACCUCAACAGUACAACAUUAUGGGUCAACAGUGGCCAGGCAUUGAUAUGCAGAAGAAGAAACCCAAAAACAACAAAGGAGGCAAGAAAAAAGCUAGUCCUACAGAUAAUAAAGGCAUGAUCUACAACAAUGGAAUGCGAAUGAUGGACAAGGGCAAGUCAUGUGAUGAAAUGUCCCACAAUGUACCUUCGUUCAUGGAAGACCCCAACGGAUACUUAGCUCAGCAAACUGUGUUAUUAAAUAACACGAUAUCCAGACAGGUUGGGAUGAAUUCCUCGUUUGAUAACACGAGAUAUGACGGCCCUAGUCACUCGUACAAUCAGAUGCAAGACAAGUCCAAACAGCCAAUGAAACAGAAUGACUUGCCAAAUGUCUUCAGAAAUAAUAUGGCGCCAAAUUCAUCGCCGUCGCACAUUAACACCCCAGACAGCAGUGUCAUAUCGGAUAAAAAUAUAGAAACAUCACUUCCACAAUGCUGCAAGGGCUGCAAUGUCAACCCGAAAACCAACUCGGAAAUAUACAGCGAGCAGCAAAUACGCAGGACGUAUAUGAAGCAGAAUGUCUACAACAAAAUGGAGUUGGACACUAACUCGGCCACUUCAAGCCCUAAACACAGUUUUGAUGAUAAUCCAGUGACGUCAUCAACAUUCAUAGAUCGUAGUCCGCUUGUGAAUGAUAACUGCGGGCCUAUACAAGCCGCUACAGUUAGCACUAGUAACGUAUCGCCUACAGAAACGUUGCAACCGCCAGAGCCUUCGCCGACUCCGUCGAAUAGCUCCAGAAAUACGGACACCCCUUGCAGUAAUAGUGUCCAGAACUGUACAUUCCCUAUGCCCAGCCCGGCCUACUCUAACCCUGGGUCUAAUCGAGACAACUUCAACAGUAACCCUUCAACCCCGGGUGGAAAUUACCCCUACAACUCGCCUGGACCGCCGGUUUCACACUCGCUCAGCGGCACACAAAUGAUGCACUUCAUAUCAAACCACAACGUCAACAAAAAUCUAAUGGAAGUGGACAACAUAUCGAUGGUGGGCGUCAAGCCAGGGUUGAAACAAGAGAUGUACCGGCUCGAUGGCAGGAAAAGGAUGGAGAAUGCAAUGCCAGGGUAUUGCCCGCCGCCGCAUUUGGGAAGCGGGCCUUCCCACUCGCUGGUACAAGCUUGCUAUGUCCAGACAUUUGUUACGACCAUGGCCAGUGGUUUCUCCGUCACUAGAGAUACUGUGACGUCAGUGUUGGCGGGGAAAGCUAACACAGUGACGACGUCAAUAAACGCGUCUCACGCCAACUUUAUAAGGCCGCCGCCGCCCCCAAGCGUCAACUUGGCGACGACUUACGCCAUUCCAAACAACCACCCAGAUCCGUUUAUACAUUCAGUGAAUCUACCUACAAGUUACCCUCUACAUAUAGCGGGAACUACAGCGCAGAAUAUGAUCUCCAAAUCGCCGCUAGAAAUGGUGCAGAAUGCCCUAGGGAAUUACCCUCCUAAAUCUGAGACUAAUAAUACGCAGACGUCAUCAGUGAAUCAAAUAGGACGCAGGACUUGCCCUACGGUGACGCCCGGACAAAUACUCAUAUCUUCUACUGGACAGAUAAUCGUAUCUAACAGCACCAUGCCCCCUCCACCACCUAAAACCACCACCAGCCAAAUACAAUCUUCAGUCAGUGUUACCAACGUGACCACGUCGAUAUCUCAAGUGGUGCCAACCGUUCAACCGGUAGUCAACCAACCGGCAGUGGUGGUCAACGCUUUGCAAACGCCAUUCGUGCUUCAACCGCCGAUGAUGGUGGACGGGUCAGUGGUCCAACAGAACUCGGUUCUACCGCAGUUAGUGGCUGGAGUCCAGAAUCAGUCGCCAGAAAGUCAACGGCACAUUGAUGUGAAGAACGGACAAGGAUUCGUGCAAGGCGUCGCUAUGUUGUCACCGGAGAGUCUUAAAAAGAAGAGUAAGAAAAAGAAGAGUCAUGCCAAUGUGACUAAUGUUCUGCAAAUAACAGCUCCCCAACAGAACACCAACAACAUAAUGGUGCAUCAUUCGUCUCCCCAGCACAAUACCAGCCCUCAGUUUUCGCCUCGAGGGUUCCAACUGUCUCCUAAUAACAGCAUUUCUCCAGGACCCAUGCUGCAAGCCCUAACUAUAGUGCCAGGAAAAUCCGGCACCCCCGCACAUAUAGUCAUGAACGGCCAAGGAAACACCAACAACUUUGGCUCUCAGCAAAUCAUCACAAACACGUCGCCAUCACAGCAAAUCAAUCUGCUACAGCCGGUCAAUCUUAUCAAUAACUCCAGUGGGGUUGUGCCGAAUUUCCCGGCUUUCCAGCAGUUUAUUGUCCCUAACCUUGGAGGUAUGGUGAUGACGGCUGACGGGACAGCGAUCAUACAAGACAAUGGAACGGGAGUGCCAAUGCAACUGCAACUUCAGACUGUAAACGGGCAGAAUGUCCUAACUCCGGUACAAAAUCAGAACGUUUUCGCCGGAGCCAAUGGCGGCGUUGUCAUCCGGGCACAGAACCAACAAGGCAAGAUCAUACAAUCACAACACAGCCCUGGAGCGCAGUUUCUGUCGCCCAACAGCCAAGUCAUGAUGAGCAGUCCUAACUUUAAUGGACAAUUAAGCCCUCUGUUAGCAAACUUGAGUCCCACUAACGUCACUUUCAACACCAGCCCUCACCAAGUGCGGUCAAGCAACGUCCAAACACAGGAGUUUAUUCAGACGAACCAAAUGGGACAGACAUUGAUGGUGCCGCUAUCCCCCAAGCAAGUUUCUCUGUCUUCCGGAACUACUAAUAGAAGUAACUCCACAUUCGUGCAGCAAAACACAACUAUAGUUCAACAGCAAACGACUUUGGUCUCAAAUUCGCACAACAACCACGGUGCGUCGCUCGGUAAUUCCUCUAGACUGAGCAUAGACCCCAAUGUUCUACUAAACACGGCUCACAAACAAAUAACCAACCAGAUCAAGAACCGAAACUUCGUAGAAAUGCCUCCCGAACUACACGCUGAAGAAAGCAAAGAGGAAAAGACCCAGCCAUUCCCAGAAGACGUCAAACUAGACAGCCAAGAGAACUACGCGAAAUUCAUCAGCGAUUUCAACCCUAUGCUCGGGCAAAUACAGGGCAAUAUGGCUUACGGGAACCACGUACGGCACUCUGUAUCGACACAGACGUUAGUCAACCAGCAGAGAGGCAAAUCGCCGAACAGCCAAGCGAUUUCCGGCUCUAGUCCCCCUGACACUACGACUCAUAGUCCUUUGGGUGCGUUGGAGAGCAAUGCGUCAAGUCCGCGACUGUACGGGGCGAGGUCGAUGUCUACUCAGGGGAACUACGCAGACACGACUACCAAGUCGCCUGAACCUGCUGAUGCUAAUUCCUCCGCGAUGGUGCAGUGCGUGUCGAGCAGCGAGCAGGACGUGGAGCACGCCUGGCCGCCCGACUUCGCCGCCGACACCGACACUAGUCUAAUGUCCAACAUACAGCUGAUGCGACAGACGCGCCACACGCACAACUCUGUGGAAUCCACCGAGAUACAUUACAGCCAGAACCAAAUCAACGUCAACCAACAGAACGUCAUGCCAAUGACGCCAAACUACUACGACAGAAACCAACAGUACAAAAGAAAGAACGAAUUUUCUGACGGUUCUUAUAGGAAUGACAAGAUUAUGCGUACAAAUUAUAACAUGGUACACGGACAGCAAAAAGAACCAGAGUAUGAUUUGAAUACGGAUAAGACCCCCAAAAGACAUUUCUCAACGUCGGGAAGUAGUUCGGAAAACUCGAGUAUUCAGAAAGUAUUCGAUAGGCAUAGCCUCGGCAAUGAUACGCAAGACGUUGAACCCGUGAAAGAAGCACCAAACCCGCCAGCGGCAGAGAAAAGCAAAUUCGCAGUGGGCGACCUGAUCUGGGGCCCAGUGAAGGGGUACACAUCUUGGCCGGGCAAGCUGGUGGACCGAUGUGAGGACGGGAGAUGGAGUGUUCGGUGGUUCGGAGCUGACAAGGCGGCGGGCACGGCAGAAGAUGCGAGGCUGAUGACGCUGAGUGAAGGGCUGGAGGCGCAUCACGCGGCCCGCACCAAGCACAGGAAGAGUAGAAAACUGAACACGCAUCUGGAGAACGCGAUACAGGAAGCCAUGGCCGAGCUGGACAAGAAAUGCGACGGAACUGGAGAGGCAAUGGACGUCACACCAGAAGCUAGUGGAAGCGCCAUCACCGACACCCCCAAGAGAGGGAAAAAAGAUAAGAAGAACAAGGACAGGUGCAAGAAAGCUGGCCUAGUAAAGAUUGCCCCCAACACUAGCAAGUCGGGCGAUGGAGCUCGAUUGCGUAGCUCGCGAUGACACAUACCCGUCGGGCUAGAGAUAUAUUCCAGUCCGCUCAUCUAUUUUCCGCCUGCUUUCAUGCAGUGAUCUGUAAAUAUAGUACGUAAUUAGGGUUUUUAUCGUAUCAAAACGUUUAAAUGUUAUCGGUGUCGCAACAAUGUUAUAUGUUUAUUGUAACAAUCAUCUUGGUGUAGCAUUAUUACGAUCGUAGAUUCACAAAUAGGUAGAAUGUAAUGCUGAGUUAUUGUAGGUCGAUGCAGUAUUGUCUUCGGUUGGUAAUGUUAUUCACUUUUGUCGAAUAUUGUUCGAAACCAGCGCUGCUUUGCCAAUCGAAGUGACAUUUUAAUGUUUAAGAUAGCGAGAUUAUCUUAUUCCUUUCCUGAAUGUACCUAGAGAAGUCCAUUAUAUUCAUUAGAGGUAAUGUUCCUAAAACAAUCUAUAUGUGAAGAUUAGAAUCCGUACAUAUUUAAAAGUAAAGUUUAGGCAAUGAUCGUAAUUAUAUGUAUAUCUACUUUUUAAAAUGCAAUGGUGAUUGUAAAUCAUUGUUGUUUUAAAGAUGCGUCUUUUAAUAUGUAAGUAUAUUAUAGUUUUUUUGCACAUGAACUGCAAAGAAAGUAUAGUAUAUUCUCAAAACGUUUUCCUAGAGUAGAUUUCUCUAUAUUAUAAAGAUUAACCAAUUAAAUUAAAUUAUUAAUAUUAAAAAUACUUGUCAUCGAUGUUUUGUACAAUUAUAGUAAACUGUAAAUUGAUAAGAAAUUAUGCUAUAUAAAAAAGAAAACUUGUAAAUUUUUCUAUGUGUGUUGUUAGAAAUAAUAAGUAUAACAUGAUUUCUAGUCAAAAUAUUGAGCAUAUUAUUAAACGUACGUAGUUUUUAUAGAUGAUAUUAUGACAAUAAAAUCUGGCCUGGCUUUUAGCCUGUUAUUGAGAUAUAGUGAUGUUGGUGUCGUGUGUGUGGGCUAUUCAGGGGCAGUUCGAGCGACAGAGGCAGUGAUCCAUGUGUUCGCAUCUCCGAAUAGCCCACCGCCGGUCGUGCAACAUUCGAGUAUAAUUUUAUUAGGAUUGUACAACAGAUGUUGAACCAAAACUUUGUCUGAUUUCAUUUCAGCCGGCAAGAUCUAUUGGUCUAUACGAGAAUUUAAAUAGUUCCAAACAAUGGUCCUUGCUGAUAUGGUUUGAUACAAAGUUUAUGACAAAGUUUUAAUACUAACAUCGAAUGCAGGUGUUUUGGGACAUAAUAGGUACCCAAGUACAAUGUACAAUGCGUUUUUACACAUUCAUUUAAAUAGCAAAGGGACUGUUAUGUUAUUUUUUAAUAGAUCAAUCUUAAUUUAAUCACGUUGAUUUUUAUAGGCCUAGAACAAGAUAUAUGAACCACCCCAAGAACAAUUUAAGGUUUUUUAAAUGCGAUUUUUAUUGAAUGCGACAGUUUUAAAACACCUUGGGCCCACAAUAUGAUACGCUUAAACAAAUCUAAAUGAAACAUCACUUUUAUAGUCACAUAUCGUUUACAAGAUUGGUUUUUAUAAAUAUGUAUUUAUAAAUUAAGGAAUGGGCACUAUGAGUGUUGAUAAUCAGGUAUAAAUACUUUUUGUCGUAUAGGUGGAGAUUAUUUUAAUAUAUUGAUAAAGCUUUGAACACGUAUUACGAUAGUAUGGAAGAUUCAUUUGUACUUUCAUUGUAAUAAGAUUAAUAACAGUUGAUGUAAUGAAAUAUAAAUGUUUUAAACCUUCUAGUUAGAUUAAUAUAAGAAGUCAUACCGGACAUUUGAUAGGAAAUUUUGUUGAUGGUCUGUAUGUUAGAUAUUGUCUAUAAUGUGGAAAUUUUGAAAUUACGUGAUGUAUCUAUUUGUAUUGACUAAAUUAUUAACUACUAGAUCGAAUUAUCUAAUAGCUUACUGUUUUAAAAUUGUCUUACAAUCUCGUAUUUACACAAAUGACUCUAUCAAUCCUAAAAUACAUGAUGUAUGGAGGUUUUUAUCAUUUUGAAUGGUGUAAAUGCGAUAGUAUAAGACUCAAGAGAUCAUAAUUUUUCUUAUGACAGGAAAUCAUUGACUCCAAAUAUUCAGAUAGUACCUAUUUAAUGUUAUAUGGAUAGUUGUUUAUAAUAUUAUAAUGAUCGUCCACUUCGCUAUGGAUUGGUAUUAUUAUGUAAAUAGACCUUAUGUAGUUAUGUAUAGUAUUUUAUUUCCAUGAGAAUUAAUGUUUUAAAGACUAAUAUACAACAUAAGAUUAUUUAUUUGUUUUGCUGUGUACAUAUUUUUUUCAAUAAAAUGUACCUGUUUUAUUUA